UUCAAAUGUACCCAAGUACUUGAUUUUUUUUUUUUUGUUUCAAAAAUAUUUUGAAAAAUUUUUACGAAUUGUUAAAAUUUAAUAGGAUUUUAUGUAUAAUAUAAAAGUGUAAUUUUAUUUAAUUUAAAAUUUAAAUAAAAAUUAAAAAAGAAUUUAAAGCUGUGACUGAAUUCAUCACAUCAUUCCAAAUUAGAAUAUUACAUACAUACAUAUGUACAUAUAUUAUAUGUAACUAAAUUUGCCGUCAUAAUAGAAUUUCGUCUGGUGGAUUAUCAUUAUUAAAAAUAAAGUGAUAUGUAUAUUUUAAUGCUAAGAAGGUUAAUAAAAGAAAUCCUAUAAAUCUAAACAUCUGAAAAUAUAAAAUGUAGUUUUUAAGAAUUUUUUUUUUUUCAUAUUAUCAAUAAAUAAGAUAUUUUUCACAAACAAUUGAAGUUUGAACAAUAAUUAUACAAAAUAAAGAAAGUCACCUAAAGAUGAAAAUUUAAUCUUUUAUGUGAAAAGAAAAUAUUGUCUUUAAUACAGAUAAAAUUACAAAAUUUCAUCAUAAUAGACGACAACAGUGAGAAAAUUUCAUCAAAACAAGAAACAUGAAAUCUUCAUUUUUAUUGAUUUUUGUUAUUUGUGCCCUUUAUACACCAUCAAUUAGAUCACAUAUAUUAGUUAGAAGAAGAUACACAGAUCAAUUAAUAGAAGAGUUUUAUGACUUGCCGGCUCUAUUUGGUGAUCCUAUUCCAAGUACAGGUUUACGUGUAUAUCCACUUGGAGCUUCUCCGAUUGAUGGAUGUGAUACACAGCCAACACCACAUCAACAAAUACCUUUUGGGCCCAUUAACAAUAGAAAAUUUGUUUUGAUUAUAGCUAGAAACAAUUGUACUUUUGAAGAAAAAAUUCGCAAUGCCCAAAAUGCCCAAUACGAUGCUGCUAUAGUCUAUAAUAUAGGAAGUGAUGAUUUAGAACAAAUGUCAGCAAAGAACAGUACAGGAAUAAAAAUUCCAGCAGUUUUUAUUGGGGAAUCAAGUGGAAACUAUAUCAAAGAUUACUAUUUGAAUCAGAGCGAAUAUGUUUUAAUUAUAAACGAUGCACUUCCAUUUAACAUUAAUAAAAAUUUAAUAAUUCCGUUUUCAGUUUUAGUUGGUUUAUGUUUUUUUGUUAUGAUUUUAUACAUGAUAUACAAAUGUAUUAGGGAGCAAAGACGAUUAAAUCAACAUCGUUUACCAAAACGUCUUUUGAAAAAAAUCCAAGUUGUAAAAUUUAGUGAAGGAUUACCUUACGAGUCUUGUAUAAUAUGUUUAGAAGAAUAUAGUAAAGGAGAAAGAAUAAGAGUUUUACCUUGUAAACAUGCAUAUCAUUGCCAUUGUAUAGAUGUUUGGUUAACUAAAAAUCGUCGAGUUUGUCCAAUAUGCAAGAGAAGGGUUUUUGUCAGAUCGGAGACGAGGAAUCAAACCAGGAGGAGACAUUAUUCGUCGGACAGUAAUACUGACACUGAUGAUGAUGUUCAACCACUAAUCUCCAGUUUGAAUCCAAACGAUCAUGGUACUUUUCCACAAAAUAAUCAAAAUGAUAAUAAUGGAAAUGAAACAAAUACAAACAAUCAACGAAAUCAGGAACGUCCGACUACAGAUGAUGAAGAUAAUGUUUUGAAUAGUGCUGAGUCUGCAAGCGGUACUCAAAAUAACAGUUCAAAUUCACGUAGAGAAAAUCCAUUCAACCGAAAUUCAGGAUUAAAUGAAGCGCCGAUUGUUGAGCAAAAUGCCAAUGAAGAAAGAAGUUUUUGGAAUUUUUUUAAAUUUAGACUUUUUCGUCGCUCUGAUUCAUUAACUACACCUUUAUUCAAUGAAAUUGAAAGUCCUUUUACAACUACCCAAACAAAUUCAAAUAGAUUGGGAACACAUGAAGUACCUUCUCCAACAACAGUUAAUGUGGCAACAUCACCAUCAACUGCAUCAAAUAAUAUUUUAAAUACGAACUUAAGUGGUUCAUUUCAAGAUAAUACGGUUGCAACAACUACAUCAGCACCAUCUUCUUUAACAACAGUACAAAUCUCAAAUUCAAAAGAAAAGAACAAAUCAAAAAGUUCAAAACGAAAUAAAAAAGAUAUAGGAUCAAUUUCAAAUUCGAGACAACAACCCUCGACAUCAUCAAUACCAACUUCAUCAAUAUCAUUGACACAAGAGCCAACAGUUCAAAAUUCUAAUACUGAGGCAGAUGUUUUUAUAGCAACACCAUCACAAGGAGGAAUUGGUGUAGCUGCUUUACCUAAUACAGAUUUAAAUCCUGAUCAAAGGAAUCAAAGUUCUUCUACAAAUAAUCGACAUAAUUACUUUAAUCUUUAAUGAUCUUAAAAGAUUAUGUUAUAUGAAAGAUUUUAAAAUCUAAGAAAACAUUAAAGCGAAUAUCACAAAAAAAAAAAAUAAUAAAAUAAA